AUGGCCCGUGUAUCAUUCCAACCGACCUCGCCAGCUCGCUUUGCCAGCACUCUGGCCAAACGGUGGGGGCCAACGCUAGGCAUAUGGGGUGUGGGUGCCGGUACCGCUGCUAUCUUCCUAUUGUCUGUUACCCCGGUUGUGAAGAAGGGUCUUCUCGUAAAUGUUCCACUGCUUGGGAAUUACUACGAGGACAAGACACCUGCUUCGGACAAGCCGUUCUAA